AAAGCGGCCCCGCCAGCACCGCCCCGUGGGCCCCCGUGGCCAGCAGCUAUAAAGGACGGCGCGGCGCGGCGCGGAUCUCAGUCGCGCCCAGUGCUCGUGCCCCGCGGCGCUGCCACCUGCGCUUGCCCCGGCCCUGCUAUGGCUCCCUCCCGCGCCAGGCCCACGCUGCCUCUGCUCCUAGUCCUGGUGGCCGUCGUGAUUCCAGGGCCUAGUGGUGCUCAAGUGUCCAUCCACCCCAAAGAAGCCUUCCUGCCUCGGGGCGCAUCCAUGCAGGUGAACUGCUCUUCCGUCUGCAGCGAGAACCUCAACCUGGGCUUGGAAACUCAGUGGCCCAAAGUAGAGCUGGAUCGUGGAGAAACCUGGAAGCUGUUUGAAUUGAGUGACAUCGAAGAAGACAGCAGCCCACUGUGCUUUGAGAACUGUGGCCCCAUCCAGUCUUCAGUCUCUGCCACCAUUGUGGUGUACUCGUUCCCGGAACGUGUGGAGUUGGACUCACUGCCCACCUGGCAGCCUGUGGGCAAGAACCUCACCCUGCACUGCCGUGUGCAUGGUGGGGCACCACGGAGCCAGCUCUCCGUCAUGCUGCUCCGAGGGGAGGAGGUGCUGCACCCGGAGCCGGUGGACUCCAGGAACCCCAAGGAGAUCACAGCCACGGUGCUGGUGAGCAGAGAUGACCAUGGAGCCAGUUUCUCAUGUCGCGCAGAACUGGACCUCAGGCCACAAGGACUAGCACUGUUCCGGAAUGUCUCCACGGUCAGGCAUCUCCGGACUUUCGAUCUUCCUGUGACCAUCCCGAAGCUAGACUCCCCUGACCUCCUGGAGGUGGGCACCAUGCAGAAAGUGAUGUGCUCCCUGGGAGGCCUGUUUCCUGCCUCUGAAGCCCGGAUCACUCUGGAACUGGGAGGCCGCACACUGACCUCCGAAAGCACAAACCACGGAGACUCGGUGUCAGCCACCGCCUUGGUGUCCUCGGAGCUGGAGGGAACUCAGCAGCUGCGCUGUGUUUUGGAGUUGGCAGACCAGAUCCUGGAGGCAGAGAGGACUUUGAGCAUCUACAAUUUUUCCACUCCGGUCCUGACCCUGAGCCAGCAAGAGGUGUCAGAAGGGAGCCCAGUGACGGUGAAGUGCGAAGCUCAAGGGGGGGCACGGGUGGUUUACCUGAGUGGCGCCCCGCCCGGGACCCCCGCCCCGCAGGUCCAGUUCAUGCUGAACGCCAGCGCUGAGGACAACAAGCGACGCUUCUUUUGCUCUGCGGCCCUGCAGGUGGCUGGGCAGGAGCUGUUAAAAAAUCAGACCCUGGAACUCCACGUGCUGUAUGGCCCCCGGCUUGACGACAGGGACUGCUUGGGCAACUGGACCUGGCCCGAGGGGUCUCAGCAGACUCUGAAAUGCCAGGCCUGGGGGAACCCAGCCCCCAAGCUAACCUGCAGCCGGAGAACAGAUGGAGCCCUGCUGCCCAUCGGGGACGUGAAGACUGUCACACGGGAGAUGAACGGGACCUAUGUGUGCCAUGCCGUGAGCUCCCAUGGAAAUGUCACCAGGGACGUGUUCCUGACAGUGCUUCAGAAAGAUCAGGAUAUACAAGCUACAGAGGGCACAGGAAGAGGCCAUGAAACUCAAGGACCCGCCUCACUGAGCCACAAGGACACCAACGCCUCCCUGGACCCCCCCUGCGGGCAGCAGCGGACUGCUGCUUUUGAACUGAAGGGUAGACAGAUAGCGUUUACCCUCACCCACCUCUUCAGGCUGUGGCAAGACAAGAUGGUGACCUGGGGGUGCACCAAUCAGACCUCCUCAGCCUCACACUUGUGGCCUCAGGACUGCAUGGAGAGGACCUCACAAGAUCAAGGGCGUGUUUCUGUGACAUGGACACACCCACAGCCUGGGGGCCUUCAGCCAGGAAAUGCUGACCUCAUUACCAACUGCCCAUGCUGGGGGCCCCUGCCUAAGGAGGAGUGAUAUCCAAUAGACACAAGCAAGAGAUGGAACAUAAGACUACUUCCUCUGACACAGGAACCUGGGACAUUGUCCCCACUCUUCAUGAUGAUGUAUUUAUUAAUUCAAAGUUUUACCUGGGGUUUGGGGAUGUAGCUCAAUCGAAGGCCCUGGGUUCGGUCCUCAGCUCCAAAAAGAGAGAAAAAAAGAUUUUCCUGCUAUUUAUUGAGUACCUUGUACAGAUACUAGAGCAGUGAGCAGGUGAACAUACAGGUUCUUGUCAGGAUAGUGUUGCAGGGACUGUAUACACAACAGAGCCUGGAAAAAGGUUCACAUGGGGCUAGGGUGCCUGUUGGUCAGGAUGCUUUUCCCAAAAGAGCCGUCACAAGAAUACUAAGUGGUCUAACAUGGAUCCCUGCUUGUCGGCCUCUCUUGGAGUCCUGUCUCCAGCACCAUCAAGAGUAACCACGUCUUCACCUACAUGCAUUCCUAUCUUUGCUCCCGGGCAAUCACCACACUCAAAUGUGGAUGCCCACGCUUGGCAGCGUGAAAUUGUGGUCAAUCCCUGCGUGCCCCUGCCUAGCUCCACCUCGAGCAGAAACCCUGGAAGAAGAUUCGGCAACCACUUAGGAAGGUCCUGCCAGCUGGGGGGUGGGCACAAGCCUCCCAACUCAGAAGCCUUUCGUUUGAGUCAAUAAAGUGUUAUUUUGGUCUCA